UAAACUUUGUUUGACACGAUUUUAAGUUUUACUUCCAAUUUUGCUAUUCCGCAUAUCGAUAAUUGUCUUUUCUUAAACAUGGUGAUGUAGCACCAUAACGUAAGGAACAGUGAAUCUGAAGCUACGGCAUUUGCACACUGUUAUCACUUAAAAUUAGGGAACAAAUGAAUUGCGUGCCUCGAAAAUUGUGGUGAACUAUAUAGAUAAGCGAAGUCUGUGUCGAGUGUGAGGUUAUUAUACUUUAAAGUGCGUAGCGUUUGCGAAAUUUCUGAGUAGCGAUGUUGUUAGAUUUGUUGUUAUUGGUAUAAUUGAUUAAACCUGACUUGUUAUCGUUAUUACUGUUUUGUUAUGGUUUUUUGUUAUUGCCUACUGGCAUCGUUUCGUUAGUGCUGUGUCUUCUGACAUGUCAGAAAAAAAGGGCAAACUCGGCCGAUGCCGCCAUAGUUUGCCCCAUUCAUCCUUUUAAGGAAAAGAGGAAAUCCAGUAGAGGCGUCUGUCUGAAAGGACAAUCCUGCGAAAAUUGUGUAAAUGUUCGUUAUUACUUUGAGAUAGAAGAAAACAAUGUUCGCCCGCAGUUCAUUUAAGUUGAAAUGGACAUUUUAAUUCCUGGGCGUGAACUAAUUCAGUAGACAACGAUUUCAAGAUGAAUAUCAUUUGCGCUUUGAAUCCGCUAGUGAGAUGGUGAGAUUCCAAUAACUUCAGCUCUGAAAGGACCAAGAAUUAAAUAUCAGCCAAAAUGGUUUACGAUCACAGUCUACAAAUGUCGCUUCCGAAGCUUCUGGAUCUCGCUCUGGGAUCCCCAGAGGUCGGAGCUGUAAAUUUUAACAUCCUUCACACUCUUCUCCAUGUCAUGAUACAACAAAUGGAAUUGACCACAACUAAAGCUGAAUUUAUUGACUCGGACGUGGACAGAAUGCAGUUCAUGCUACAGAGUGGUCCAAAAGAACCUACUCUCAAACUGGAAGAGUAUAUCGUAGCCAAACCGGGAGCGCCGUCAGAAGACGUACGUCCAGGAGAUAUUUCUCCCAAGUCUCUGGGAUUUCCCGGGAAAUCAGAAACUGUAAAAGUGACGAGAGAACCAGACAAGAGAAAAGAGACAGUAGUUGUGGUAAUGCCAUUUCGACAUGAACCACCAAAAGAACCUGAUGCGCAAAUUGUUAAAGUUCCCGAAACUCGAGUAAACACAGUUCACGAAAAAGGUGCAGUUUUGGAGAAAACACCAGCAGCAGCGGCAGCUCCAAAACCGUCACCAACACCUGGAGCAAAGCCCGCAGCUGCACCUGCAGCCAAACCAGCAGCACCUCCUGCCAAA